GUCCGGGUAAGUUGCAACUCGAGUCGACGUCGUGACUUGAGCUCUAAUAGGAAAUGGCAAUGACUCCUCGAAGAGAGCUCGUAUUGCGCAUCGCACUUCGAGCUACUGCUCUGAUUUUUGGAAUCGUCAUCAUAGGCGUUAUUGAGCAAAACGGUUACUUCAAGAGUGCUUCUAACGACCCUGUUGAACCGACGCAGUGUGUCUUCGGUGGGACCCAAAACCACCCUCAAGGAAACUCGAAUGCCUGCAAAUUCGGCCUUGCGGUUGGAAUUCUUGCUCUUAUUGCGGCAAUUGUACUCUCAGCCGUCGAUGUAGGAGGAACGGUAGUGGAAGAAAAUGGAGGAGCUACUACAAUGCUCAUUAUCGUAGCGGACUUGAUAGCGUCCGUCAUCGAGGGCUUUCUAUGUCUCAUCGCAUUUGCUUAUCUCCUCGAUUUAUGGACUAAAGAUUCACUUCCAGACAUACCGAGUCACUCGAAAUCUUCGGCGAGAGCAACGAUUGCAUUUUGUUUCCUAUCGGCAAUCGUGUGGAUUGUGCUCGUACUUCUCGAUACUAUACGAUUAAGAUCUCUUCAAGCAAGGUCUGCAGCAUCCGAGUACGACAAGAUAUGAGUUCAUAUUCUGUCUAGACUCGACGACGAAAACUAAAUGUAUAUUUUGGUAGCAUUAUUGUCUAACAAAUUACAGCAACUACACACAAAGCUGUGUUCAUAGCUUGUUGCUUCUGCAUAAAAAUACCAAUGUUGGAUACAAAUAACGAUGUUGUAUUGCAACCCACAUCGCCACCUAAUCUCCCACGAAGUUUGAGCGCUGCAGCGAGCACGUGAUCAACUUGUCAUAGACUCACACCGUGCCAUCGCGGCUAAGCAACUAUGGUUGAAGAGAAAGUCUUAGGCUUCGUACGAAUUGGACUUCGUGGAUUUGCUGCACUUUGUGCAGUUAUCGUCUUCGCAGUCAUUGCAGACCAACUUCAGAGAACGUUUUUAAUUGCCGACGUGUGCGCAUACGGAUUAUCACCCCUGAGAGAACAACGGACUACUUCUAUUGGUGACACGAGAGCGUGCAACUAUGGGAUAGGCGUCGGCGUUCUGGCACUCAUCGCUGCCAUCGCGCUAAUCAUUUUUGAUGUUCUGACUGCUGUGCUCUCUGUCGGCGGAGCAACUCUGGCAAAAAUCGCUUCUAUUGUGGACGUCGUAGCAUCUGCGUUGUUGUCGCUUCUUUGGGUUGUUGGCUUCAUUUACUUGGCCAAGACGUGGGAUGAUUCCGACCCUAGCAGCCUUGCAUUUCUGUAUCCUGACGGCGAAGCACCAGCACGAGCUUCCAUCGCAUUUUGCUUCUUCUCAAGCGUGAUAUGGAUCGUGUUGACUGUGAUGGCAAUACUGCAUCUACGCAAGCCUGCAACAUUCGAGCCUGCCGCUGUCUAGGUUAUAACCUGAAGUCACUCUGUAAGAGAUACCAUUGAGCUAACGCGCUGUUUGUGCAUGCAUAUACUACGAGUAUUACGUCGGUCUGGCUAUAUGUUGCAGCAGCUGUGUAGAUCAGAAGAGACACUACGUUCGA